GUUAGAUUAAAAACAAAAGAAGGAAGGUAUGUAGAAGAGGAUAAAGGUCUAUCUGACUGCCUCAAUUAAUAUUUUUGUUCUGUAUUUACAGAUGAAAAUGAAGGAAAGGGACCUCAGUUGAGAAAAAGGAUAAAUGAGUCAUUUAUUACACGUGAGUUUACAGAGGAAGAGGUUCUAUUUCAACUGUCAAAAGUAAAGACAAAUAAGUCAAUGGGACCUGAUGGAAUACACCCAAAGCUAUUAAAAAAGCUCAGUGGUGUACUAGGAAAACCAUUAACAGAUUUAUUUAACCAAUCGUUGUUAACAGGAAUAGUCCCAGAAGAUUGGAAGUUAGCGAAUGUUGUGCCCAUUUACAAGAAAGGUAAUCGGGAGGAGUCGGGCAACUAUAGGCCAGUAAGCCUUACUUCAGUAGUGGGGAAAGUGAUGGAAACCAUGUUAAAGGAUAGGAUUGUUGAGCAUCUAAAAACACAUGGAUUUCAAGAUCAGAGACAGCAUGGGUUUACUUCAGGGAGAUCAUGCCAAACUAAUCUUAUUGAUUUUUUUGAUUGGGUAACUAAAAUUAUAGAUCAGGAAAACCACGAGAGAAUAGAGACAGAGUGAUUGAAGAGUUUGAAGUAGGAAAGCAUGAUCAAUGGAGUCAAAAGCAGCAGAGAGGUCAAGAAGAAUUAGUAUGGAGUAGUGGCCUUUGGAUUUAGCUACGAUUAUGUUGUUAGUAACUUUGAUACGAGCAAUCUCAGUAGAGUGGAGAGGGCGGAAGCUAGAUUGAAGAGAGUCAAGGAGAGAGUUUAAAUUUAGGAAGUGAGACACCCGGGCACAGAAAAGUCUUUCCAGAAGCUGUGAGGAAAAAGGGAGCAGGGAUAUGGGACGAUAGUAGAGGGGGAGGAUGGGUGAAGAGAUUUUUGUUUUUGUUUUUGUUUCUCAAUACUGCAUGAAUUAUUCUAAAUAUUCAAAUAAACCAUGACCCAUACAAAUUGCAUCUUUUGUUUAUUUUCAAUGUUGGUAUGUAAUGUUUGUGUGUCAGCUUGUUCAUAAGUCCAUCUUAUUCUAUAACUUUGUGCCACUUAUUGAUGGUUUCCAAUAAUUUUAUAGUUCAUGUUUUUUUGCACAAUUGAUGUUUCCUUGUAAAAAUCCUGGAGUGCUGUGUGUUUUUGUUUCCUUUUUUCCCCCUAAUUUGAAUACUCUUUGUUAUAGUUUUUUUUUUUUUUUUGUUAACCAUUAGUCUUAGUAGAAUUUUUAUUUGUUUUGUAUAGCAAUGCACAGAAUAUUGACAUGAACACUAGAAGCACUUACUAUCAGUAUGAUGAAAGUUACAAAUUGAGAAGAAGAAGUCCUUCAACACCACGGGAAUCUACUAGCACUAUGACUUAUACUGCCAAGAAAAAUACAGAUAACAAGAUGAAAGGCAAUCAGAAUUUAGAUGUUGGUGAACGAGGUCGAGCAAGAAGCAGACAUGAUCCUGAUAAUGACAGAACCUCUGAUGUUGAAAAAAAUAGUGACUCCUAUUAUUCUGAUGAUUAUGACAAUACAACGUAUGAGUCUGACCAGACACCAACACCAAGCUUUAAGUCUAGAUCUCCGCGUGGUAAAAAGGUCAACCCAAAAUUUAGGUCUUCUACACCAGAGCAAGGCAAAGGUUGGUAUUCUGUUCUGUUCACAUGUGAAGUAGGGUCUCAGAACAAGGACGCUGGCUGUGUAAUCAUGCUAAGUUUACAAGUAGGGGCUAAGUAAAGUAUAAUACAGAGCUUUGUACACGAGGCAAGGCUAGCAAUGUAACUCCUAAAUGUUAAAGAACUGAACACUGGGACGGCAUGGCAUGAUCUAUUCACCAAAAAUAUAUAAUUAAGUUAAAGUUCUUUUGGUGCUUAAAUUAUCCCUUUAACAAAGUAUCAAGUAGGAAUGUGGUUGGUAUUGCCAGAACUAUACAUUGUAAGUGAGAAGAUGAGUUAAUUGGAUUUGGUGUGUGUAGAGCCACCCAUCCAUCCAUAAGACUUUUGUUUACAAUUUUUAGGUUGGGUUUAAAGGGUUACUCAAACACUUUUUUAAAAAGACCUAUAUUUAAAAAAAAAAAAAAAAAACAACAACUUGGAAAUGCCGUAUUGGGCAUUAAUGGCUAGGUCACCCCUUUCAAACCUGCAAAAAGACGUGCUGAAUCUUUCAGUCUGUUUCAUUUCUGGUCUUCUGACUUUUUAGCAUGACUUUUGGAUGUGCUUGGAUAUGGAGACUUUCCUCUUUCUGGUAUCUUACAAAAUUUAUUUUUAAUUUCCUUUUUUUUAUUUUUACAUACAUUUUUGUUAUUGAUAAUGAAGAGGAUAUAUGUUUUUAGUACAAAGUUGAACCUUGCAAACCAUGCACAGCAUUUUCUUUUCACUGCUGUAUUUGACAAGCAUGUUGUGUAUUGCUUAUAAAUGUACAGUUCCUUAUUCCAUGCCUGCUGCCACAUGGGAGUGAUAACAUGAGGGAAUAGUUAAAACAUAUGCCCCUGUUUUUCAUGUGAGAUCAGCUGUGGAUUGUUACAUUUCCGACAACAGGAGUUGAGUGUUAUUAACACUUAAGACGUUGUUAUGGAUUGUUAGAUCCAUUUUAGAAAAUCAUAAUUCCUUGUUGAUGUAGUUUAUGUAUGUUGUGGCCAGGGCCGGACUGGGAAAAAAAUUAGACCCGGGCAUUUUUUUAAAUCACAACAGCCCACUGAAAAGGGGGGCGGGGCCAGAUAGGGUGUGUUUUGUCAUCCCCAAUGACAAGCACACCCCAUCUCAAACUGAGCAUGUUGGUUCAAUGCUCUUCCUCUUAAAAUAUAACCCCCUCUUUUUUUGUUUGCUUUGGUAAACAUCGGGAUAACAUUUACUUGGAUGAUGGAACAAGGAAGCUCUUUAGACAAAAACAUGUUUGCUGCAUUGUUUAGCAUGACACUACAAGCACCAUAAUCACUACUUUAUUGUUAUUUUGCUAUGAGUACAGCCCCUUCAAUUCUGUCAAGCCAUUUUCAGUUGAUAUCCCUGGCACCUAUAGCCACCGCCUUUUUGUGGGACAUAACAUUGAGAGUUUAAUUUCCUCAUUACUGAGUAAGCAAUGUGUGUUCAUGCUGAGCAGUGAUAGAUUCAGAACUGUCUGCAUUGAUUCAGAGUGGCAGGAUCCUUUUACAACUCAGAAUUGCACUAUACUGUAAUGUUGGUACAUGUACUUGCAGAAAUGCAUCCAGAAUAUAUGGUAAGAAAAAACACAAAUGGAGUAAGCAGUCACCAGGAAAGGAUAUUGAUGGCAAUCGACUAUAAUUCUCAGUUAAUGAGCAAUGUUAAAGCAACACUAUAGUGCCAGGUAUACAAACAUAUAUUCUUGACACUGUAGUCCUGAAGUGACUUAACAGUAAAAAGGUGAUCUUUUCUCUCACACUGCACCGGUCUCACCGUGGGUGGCUCUGCCUCCAUGGCUGAAAUGAUCAGUCUUGAUUAUCUGAGCCAAUCAAAUGCUUUCCCAUAGGAAAGCAUUGGGAGGCAAUAGUGCAUGCGCCAAUCAAUACCACCUCAUAGAGAUGCACUGAAUCAAUGUAUCUCUAUGGGAAAUGUUUAGCAUCUCUGUGCAUUGAGUGGAGAAACUGAACACCAGUGGUGCACACUUUGCAGCCUUGGACUAGGAAGCUUUUUUUUUUCUCUGAAAAGGUAUUGUUUACAGUGCUAACACUGCAGGGACAUGCCAUAGAUACCCGAACCACUACAUUACACACAGGCAUCGAACAGAAUACAAUGACUGUUUAGGACCCCACCUGCAGGGAGUCAAAAAUAUAUUUUACUUAUCUUUUAACUAUUGCAGCUUCGGUGUACGCAGGGAAGGUCCCCCUCCAUUGCUGAGAUCAUAGAGGCCGAUGAUCAUAGCCAAUACGAUGCUUUUCAGUAGAAGAGCAUUGGGAGGCAAGUGCACGUGCACGGCAUAACACUAAGCUGUGCCAAUCAGGUGGUCAAUGAGACCAUCAGAUUGAAAUAGUAGAUUUUUUAUUCUGCCAUUUAGAAUGAAGCGCCUCUAGUGGCUGUCUGAGUGACAUCUACUAGAAGCAUUUAAACCCUGCAAUGAAAACAUUGCUGUUCUGCAAAACAGCAAUGUUUUAAAGGGACUCUCCAGUGCCAGGAAGACAAAUCGUUUUCCUGGCACUGCAGGUCUCCUCUCCCUCCCACCUCCCAUCCCCGGUUGCUGAAGGGGUCAAAACCCCUUCAGUGACUUACCUGAGGCAGCGGCGAUGUCCCUCGACGUUGCUUCUGAGUCCGCCCAUGCUCCACCACGGCACACGCGCAUUAGACCUCUCCAUAGGAAAGCUUUGAAAAUGCUUUCAGUGCUUUCCUAUGGGGAGUUUAGAACCUGUGCUAUGAAGCAGGAAGUGCCCUCUAGUGGCUGUCUAGUAGACAGCCACUAGAGGAGGAGUUAACCCUGCAAGGUAAUUAUUGCACUUUAUGAAAACUGCAAUAAUUACACUUGCAGGGUUAGGUGUAGUGGGAGUUUGCACCCAGGCAACUCCAAUGGGCAGAAGUGGUCUGGGUGCCUGGAGUGUCCCUUUAACAUGGUGUUAAAACUGGGGUAGGAGGGGGGAGAGGCAUUGAAAUUAAGUGGUCUGGGUGACUAUAGUGUUGCUUUAAUAAUCAUCUAAAUUCAGGACCUUAAAGUGCCUGCAUGUAUUUUUUUAUUUUAUUUUAUUUUUUGAAUGCUCCAAAAAUAAGUAGUUGGUUUUUUUUUUGCUUUUGUUUGUUCUUUUUAUAAGGUACAUUUUUUUGACCCUAACGUUUAUUGCUGUCUAUGUAUUUAAUAUUUUAUAGGUUUCAGAAAAACAGGAUCCAAGUUUUUAUCAAGUAAAAAGUUACCUCAAAGGGGAUUUCGUUCCCAGAGUCUUAACAAGGAGUCUCCUGCAAAAGACAUAAAUCUGGUAACCAAGAGAGUCCUUUCUGCUCGACUCUUGAAAAUAAAUGAGCUUCAGAAUGAAUUGACAGAGCUGCGCAUCAAACUUGAGGAGCUUCAAAAAGAAAACAAGACCCUGAAGAAAUUGCAAUUCAGGCAAGAGAAAGCACUAAAUAAAUUUGAAGACACAGAAAGUGAGAUAUCACAGCUAAUAUCUCGGCACAACAACGAGAUCCGGACUUUAAGAGAGCACUUACGAAAAUCCCAGGAGAAAGAAAGGAAUGCGGAAAAAAAACUUAAAGACACAGAGGAUGAAUUGUACAGGACAAAUGCCACGUUAAAGAAAUUGAAACAGUUGUCUGAAAAUCGUCACUUGGCUGAGCGUGAAGAGCUAACAAGGAAAGUGGACCUUCUAGAAAGCCGGCUGGAUGAUCGGGAGAGAAAAGUCAAGGUACAUUAUUUAAUUUCUCUUAAGUCAUUGUUCAUUUUCAUUGAUUAUACAUACAGUCAUGUUUUUUCUAAUAGAUGAAUUAAAACUAUCCAGUUUCAUUAUUUAUGAACUCCAUAGUGAUUCCUGAUGCACCCUAUUGCUGUUUGAUAGACUUAUUCUACCAUGGUUGUCCUGUUCAUGAUGACCCACAAUGGAAUAAUUAUGUCACGUACAAGAGAUUGCAGCACAAAGUGCUAGGAGCUGCAUUUGGAAGGUUAAUUCUGUUGCUUUGUGCCUCUGCAUUUUCCAUCUGUAAAGGACACUGUCAAACUUAAAUAAAAGCGGUGUAAUGUUUCCAAAAUGUGUCAAAUAACUGUAUUCUCAAUAUUUUAUAUCAUCCUGCAUAUUUUGUGAAACAGUAUUUUAUACAAAUCAAACCCUUCUGGCUAGAUAAAGUUGUGUGUGUGUGUAUAUAUGUAUGUAUGUAUGUGUGUGUACACACACACACACACACACACACGUUGUUGGCAAACCCGUGAUAGGCAAAAGUUUGUUGAGGUGUGCCGAAACCGACAUAUGCUGUAGACCAGUAAAUAAAGUGGGCAAAAAUGAAUACAUAUCAUGUUCAAAAUGCGUUGUAUUAUGUUAUUUACUCAAUAAAUGCAAGUACAUUAAGAUGACAUUUUAACGAAUGCCCUUCAUAUUUUCAGUACUGGUUGGGGUAUGUAUAUUGUAUAUGCUGAUAACUUCCAGCGACCUAGAGUUUUUUUUUGUUUUGUUUUUUAAUUCUUUAUUUUGGUAGUGCAUUAUUCAGUACAUAGCUUGGCAUUAACAUGUUAUUAGAUUGCGUUACAGAGUAUCAUGAGUAAUAACGUUAUACAUGUUAAGAUUGCUGCACAUUUUUUUUUAUAUAAGACAAGAAGUGUUAACGAAAUGGUUAUAUUCAUUGCUUAUGGAGGGAAACUAGUGUACUGCCACAUGCUGCCUAUUGAAUAUGAUUACAUGUGUCGAGGAUUCAAGCUGGAUAAUGCCACAAAGAGCUCUAUACAACGUGCUAGCGGGUAGGUAGUCUAGGACAUGAGAUUAAACACGUAUUCAAGGUGAGGUCACUCAUUAACGAAGCUCCUGGCACAAAUCAUCAGCUAGAGGAUAGCUUAAUUAACAUAGCAAUAUAGUGUGCAAUAGUAAGUGUGAAUAUGUAAAGAUUAAAAAGUCAAAAUUAAAACCACCGGCGAUAGACCUGUCCUUAUGCAUGUCACUGUCCCCAUAGUGUUGCUUGUUCCAUCUGUGAUGUAACAUAGGGGGGCACUGCGUGGUCGGCAAGUCCGAGGCUGGGGUCAGCCAUCUUCAUUAGGGGACGAGGUAUGGAGGUCUGUGUAUGAGAGUCUCAUGGUGUUUGCGAGCCGCUCGUUGGUUAGUGGCGUUUAGUGAGCCGAUGGGCUUUAUUGCUUUGGCGUCGGUUUAAGUCAGUGGUUUGGUAGGUUUUCCGUAGCUGCCGCCAGUGGGUUGCUUCAGUCGGCCUUUUUCCAGGCCCAGCCUCAGGUAUAUCAGGUGAGUGGUGCUUCCAUGGGCUCUGUUCGCCCACGAUACCUUCUAUCUCCUGCUCCAACCCGUUCUCCAAGCAGUCAGAAGGCAUGAUCAUGUGCAGGCUUAUUUAGUAAGGGUAUGGUUCAGCGGGUUGUUUUCGUCUGCAGGCAUGCAAGGUUUGUGGUGUAGUGCAGAUCGCAGUGCGGCCAUUUUAGAGGCCCAGCUCGUGGUGCGCGCCUCCAGGUAGGUCCGGUGCUGGGCUUUGUAGGGCGAUGAUUCCCUCCGGUGGGGACCGGGAUAACCCCCCCGGUCCAUGGGGGGGAGGCGAGGCCUGUGAGGUGCAUCACAAGGCUGUUGCGUGGCGGCCAGGUUCGCAAACAGGACAGCGGCCGUCCGUCCCGUUCUCCACCCUCAUAGGCCGCAAACCCUGAAGUCCCGUAUCGCCCGCAGGGGGCUCUGGCACUCCCGAUCUCAGGGUCUGCGGUGGCUCCAGCUUCUGCCCGGAUGCUUGAUAUAGCUUCAGGUCACUUAGCUUGCUUUAUUGCUUAAGUUUUUAGCCAUAGUGGACCAGAUUGAUCAGGAGCCUCUCCGGCCUGCGACCGGUCAGCAUGGCGGUCAGGCCCCGCCCCCAGCGACCUAGAGUUUUAAUGACAUGGACUGGAACGUCCUGGCUUGACGCCGUAGAUGCGGCCCCUAUCCUAAACGAGUGUCCUGAAUAAAGGCUAGGGUUCAUACCGAGCCUUGUUAACAAUAACCGUACGUAUAACAUGAACUUAGAGGUAGUGAGUAUAGCCCUGUGAAGUGACAGUAGCGGAAGAGAUGUGAUAUUCGGCACGGUAAGGAGGUAGGAAUCGAAAACCUUCACCGGGCACCAUAUAUUAUUCGUGGGAUAGUAUGGAAUGUGGACGGGUUAACGCAGUUGACUAGUUUUGGCCACGGGUAGAGUCAGUAUGUAAUUAUAUUGAUGUUUAAUUAGGUAGGAGCUUUGAAGGCAACCUUGUGCUUUGUGUUGGCCACUGAUGGUGAAUUCUCAUGGCCUCAGGAAACCGUAAAAGACCAGAUAAAUAGCGGUUUUAAUUACUGUUAGUGAGGGGAUUAAAAGGGGCUGAAUCGUGCAUAUCAAACAUUUUUGAUACCCUUAAGUAUAGUCUGACUGGAUAGGAUGAAAUGAAACGGGUGGUGUUGGAAAGUAAAGAAACAUGUGAUGUUGGAUGCCAGUCAGGCAUAACUUGAUAUAGUGAGCCUAAAUUGAAGGUGGCAAGAAAUAAAGUAGUGAACACAACAGAGACAUAAUGAUCAACAUUAUGUAAUGAAGGACCACUUACCUGUGAUGUGAGUAGUAAUGGAGAGACUUGGUGACAGCAAUUGCUGGGAGACCACAAAGGGCACAACAAAUACCUUAGAACCUGGAGGAGUAAUACCGUGUACAUUAAAUAGCGGAAUCUGACAGACACGUGAGCCCUACGAGGGCUAAGGAAAUUGUUGUAAACAUGUAAGUGACAACCAAUAUAUACCUUGCAAACAAUUGAGGGGUAACACAAGCGACUUAGACUAAAGCAGGUGGCAUGAAUAUCAAAAUACCAUCAUAUGACGUCAACCAUAAAUUAGUAGUAUUGAGGCAUAUAGAAAAAUUCUAAUAAUGCAGAAACUCCUGGAAAGUAAGUGAAUCGUGAACCUGUCACAUGUAUAAGCUUGUUGCCUGAAAAUAAUGGGAUAGCCCGGAGACAGAUAAGUGAUGAAUGUAGAUAAGUGACUAAUAUAUCGAGGGACAAAUUGAUAAAACCAACUUAUAUAGGGGAAAUAAUAUAGUAGAAAGGGUUGAGAACUGGAAAAGUAUCAAUACUGAAGAAAAACCAAAAGAAUAGCAUAGGUGACUAGUAUCAGUAUCAACAAGAAUAUGAAAAGUAUCUACAAGGACCAUAACGGUGGACAAUUCAAGCUAACAAGUGUAUGAGAAGCAAACCAACAACCCCUAAUCAGUAUAACUAAACCAAAGUAAACCUUUGUAAGCCGAUGAGUCCUAUGAGGGUUGUAGUUAAUGUACGUAUAGUGAAUUUAUAUAAAAGUUAGUUUAUAUUUGUAAACCAUAUGUGUAGGCCCAAGUUGGGCUUGACAUGAUUGAUCCAGUAGGGGGCCCAAGACUUACAAUAGAAGUUGUUAAUAUGUUAAA